AAACAGAAACAGUAAAAGUAACAGAAUCCGAAACCGAAAACUUUUUUUUUUGGCCCUGGCUAAACAAUCCGUCAAUCUGACAAAGCACUUGCUCGCUCCGCGAAUCGUGCGGCUCUCUGCCAGCCAAUAAACAAAAACAAAAAAAAAAGAAACAAAAAAACGCAAUAACAGAAAAGCGUGCAUCCGCUGGAUACAACAGAUUUAGAUAUAUUUUCAAUGCACAACGCUCCGCGCUGACUUUGAGCGAUAAUAACGAAAGAUGGAUGGGCAGCUAAGUGUUUGCAGUGCCAGUGUUUUCAUCGAUGACGUUUAAAAUACAUUCGCGCUGAUGGAUACCAUAAAUUCGGAGUGAACCCACUCGCAAAUAUAUCGCGAAUCGUCGCCUCUCAAUGGGAUCGAUUGUCGCUCUUCGAGCAGCUAGAACUGUGACGAAUUGAAUGAUUCUCUGCUGCCUGCCCACGGCGGAUAAUAACGGUUCCAAAUCCGUCAAAUGUCAAGUGCAAAAGUAAACACAAGCGAAACUGCAGUUAAAAUCGGGUUGCAAACGGAUUAACUUGACGCGAUGCGGGCUCAAAUGGCACAUGGCAAUUAGCUGGAGGCCUUUUUCAAGUGAUCGCACUUAACGCUAACGACUUAUAAGCCAAGUUGGCAACAACAACUAUUCUCCAUUUGUAAAGUGAACAAAAGACAAACAAACUCCGCUUUCAAUUGUCAUACGCAAAAUAAAAAAACUCCGACGGCAAAAAUUGCUUGCGAAAUUAUUUUUUUUUUCAUAUCAGAGAUACAGAUACAUAUUAGCGUAGCGGCCACAACAUGGAUCCCGACUGCUUUGCCAUGUCUUCGUACCAGUUUGUCAACUCGCUGGCGUCCUGCUAUCCGCAGCAAAUGAAUCCGCAGCAGAGUCAUCCGGGUGCCAAUGCCAGCGCAGCAAAUGGCAAUGGUGGUGCGGGCGGCACGAAUGGCGGCCAGGGCAACUCUGGAGCGGCGACGCCGGGCAGCAACGAUUACUUUCCAGCGGCGGCCGCCUACACGCCCAACUUGUACCCAAACACACCGCAGGCGCACUAUGCCAACCAGGCGGCCUACGGCCUAGGUGGCGGUGGUGGGGCGCCAGUUGGUGGACAGGCCAAUCCUGAUAUGGUGGACUACACACAGCUGCAGCCGCAACGAUUGCUGUUGCAACAGCAGCAGCAACAGCAGCAGCAACAACAGCAACAGCAGCAGCAACAUGCACAUGCAGCGGCCGCCGGUGUUGCCCAGCAGCAGCAGCAACAGUUGCCGCAGCAGCAGCAACCACACCCGCAACAGCAACAGCAGCAGCAGGCGAACAUCAGCUGUAAAUACGCCAACGAUCCGUCGACGCCCGUUGGCAGUAGCAACAACAACAACAACAACAAUAACAACAGCGCCAACAGCAACAAUAACAACAACAACAACCAAUCGCUGGCCAGUCCGCAGGAUCUCUCCACGCGUGACAUCUCCCCAAAGUUAUCGCCCAGCUCGGUGGUGGAGAGCGUUGCGCGCUCCCUCAACAAAGGUGUACUCGGUGGCAGCCUGGCCGCCGCUGCCGCCGCCGUCAGUCUCAACAACAACCACAGCGGCAGCGGCACUGGCGCCGGACCCGGCAACGUUAGCGUGAACGUGCCCAUGCACAGUCCGGGCGGCGGUGACUCGGACUCGGAGAGCGACAGCGGCAACGAGGCGGGCAGCAGUCAGAACAGCGGCAAUGGCAAGAAAAAUCCGCCACAGAUAUAUCCUUGGAUGAAGCGAGUACACCUCGGACAGAGUACUGUGAAUGCCAAUGGCGAGACGAAACGACAACGGACCUCAUACACCCGCUAUCAGACACUGGAGCUGGAGAAGGAAUUCCACUUCAAUCGCUACCUGACGCGCCGGCGACGCAUUGAGAUCGCGCACGCGCUCUGUUUGACGGAGCGACAGAUCAAGAUCUGGUUUCAGAAUCGCCGCAUGAAGUGGAAGAAGGAGCACAAGAUGGCAUCGAUGAACAUUGUGCCCUAUCAUAUGGGCCCCUAUGGCCAUCCCUAUCACCAGUUCGAUAUCCAUCCGUCACAGUUCGCGCAUCUGAGCGCAUAGGACGCGUGGCACUUUUCGGGUACUGGUUAGAGACUCAAUCAGUUGUAUCAGGAACCAUAUCAGGCGGCGGCAGCGGCCAGCGUGGCCGGCGGCUAUCAGUCACAGGGCUCUCAGGAUGCUACAGCGGCCUCGGUGCUCGGCAGCGGCAGCGCCAAUGGCGGAGGUGGCAGCAAUCUUGGGGCCGGCAAUGCCGUCUCCAAUUCGCUAUUCAGCUCCGCCGCGGCGGUGGCCAAUGCCAGCAAUGCCAAUGCCGAUUGCAUUAAAUAUCCGCAAGAGUUCUGAUCUCAGGUUAUCAUCAGGCAGCACCAGCAGCAGCAGCAGCAGCAGCAACAGCAUCAGCAGCAGCA